AUGAUGCCCCAGAAGAAGAAGAGGAGGAAAAAAGACAUCGACUUUCUGGGUUUGUACGAGCAGGAGCUGCUGAACUAUGCUUCAGAGGAUGACGAGGAUGAGCUGGAGCACGAGUACUACAAGGCCAAGGUAUACGAGGUGGUCACAGCCACAGGGGACGUUCGAGGUGCAGGGACAGAUGCCAAUGUCUUCAUCACAAUUUUUGGAGAGAAUGGGCUCUCUCCCAAGCUCCAUCUUACCAGCAAGAGUGAGUCUGCCUUUGAGAAAGCCAAUGUCGAUGUGUUCCGAGUAAGAACCAACAACGUGGGCCUCAUCUAUAAAAUUAGGAUUGAGCACGACAACACAGGCUUGAAUGCCAGCUGGUAUCUCGAUCAUGUGAUCGUGACUGACAUGAAGAGGCCUCAUCUCCGCUACUACUUCAACUGUAACAACUGGCUGAGCAAGGUGGAAGGUGACCGCCAGUGGUGCCGGGACCUGCUGGCCAGCUUCAACCAGAUGGACACGCCCAGAGGUAACAAGUAUGAAAUCAAGGUAUACACUGGUGACGUAAUUGGUGCAGGAACAGAUGCUGAUGUCUUCAUCAAUAUCUUUGGAGAGUAUGGAGACACAGGGGAGCGUAGGCUGGAAAACGAAAAGGACAACUUUGAAAAAGGAGCUGAAGAUAAGUUCAUGCUGGAUGCCCCGGAUUUGGGACAGCUGAUGAAAAUCAAUGUGGGCCACAACAACAAGGGGGGGUCUGCAGGUUGGUUCCUGUCCAAGAUAAUCAUUGAAGAUAUUGGGAACAAAAGGAAAUAUGACUUCCCCCUUAACCGCUGGUUGGCCUUGGAUGAAGAUGAUGGCAAAAUCCAAAGGGAUAUCUUAGUGGGUGGAGCUGAGACCACAGCUAUCACCUAUAUUGUCACCGUCUUCACUGGGGAUAUUCGGGGAGCUGGGACCAAAUCCAAAAUCUACUUGGUCAUGUACGGGGCCAGAGGGAAUAAGAACAGUGGGAAAAUCUUCCUGGAGGGAGGUGUGUUUGACCGAGGCCGCACAGACAUCUUCCAUAUCGAGCUGGCUGUCCUCCUUAGCCCCUUGAGUCGGGUCUCCAUUGGGCAUGGCAAUGUGGGUGUCAACAGAGGCUGGUACUGUGAGAAGGUAGUGAUCUUGUGCCCCUUCACUGGCAUCCAGCAGACCUUCCCCUGCAGCAACUGGCUGGAUGAGAAGAAAGCAGAUGGGCUGAUCGAGAGGCAGCUCUAUGAGAUGAUGUCUCUGAGGAAGAAGCGACUGAAAAAAUUUCCUUGGUCCCUGUGGGUCUGGACGACUGAUCUGAAGAAAGCUGGUACCAACUCACCCAUCUUCAUCCAGAUUUAUGGGCAGAAGGGGCGGACAGAUGAGAUUUUCCUGAAUCCCAACAACAAAUGGUUCAAACCAGGCAUCAUCGAGAAGUUUAGGCUUGAGCUCCCCGAUCUUGGUAGAUUUUAUAAGAUUCGAGCAUGGCAUGAUAGGCGGAAUCCUGGCUCUGGAUGGCAUUUAGAAAGGAUGACCCUGAUGAACACAUUGAAUAAGGAAAAGUAUAACUUCAAUUGCAAUCGCUGGCUGGAUGCCAAUGAGGAUGACAACGAGAUUGCGAGGGAGAUGACUGCAGAGGGCCCAACAGUGCGGAGGAUAAUGGGCAUGGCCCGGUACCGUGUGACUGUGUGCACAGGGGAACUUGAAGGUGCAGGGACUGAUGCCAACGUCUAUCUCUGCCUUUUUGGCGAUGUGGGAGACACGGGGGAGCGGCUGCUGUACAACUGCAGGAAUAACACCGACCUGUUUGAGAAGGGCAAUGCUGAUGAGUUCACCAUUGAGUCUGUCACCAUGAGAAAGGUGAGGCGGGUGAGAAUCAGACAUGAUGGCAAAGGCUCAGGCAGUGGCUGGUAUCUGGACCGGGUACUGGUGAGAGAAGAGGGGCAACCCGAGAGUGACAACGUGGAGUUCCCAUGUCUCAGGUGGCUGGACAAGGAUAAGGAUGACGGGCAGCUGGUCCGAGAGUUGCUGCCCAGUGACAGCAAUGCCACACUCAAGAACUACCGCUAUCACAUCAGUGUGAAGACUGGGGACCUUUCUGGGGCCAGCACGGAUUCUAGGGUCUACAUCAAGCUCUAUGGGGAAAAAUCUGACACCAUCAAGCAAGUUCUUCUUGUCUCCGACAACAACCUCAAAGACUAUUUUGAACGUGGUCGGGUGGAUGAAUUCACCCUGGAGACUCUGAACAUCGGAACUAUCAUCCGGCUGGUGAUUGGGCACGACAGCACAGGCAUGCAUGCAGGUUGGUUCCUGGGAAGCGUCCAGAUCCGUGUGCCCCGCCAAGGCAAGCAAUACACCUUCCCUGCCAACCGCUGGCUGGACAAGAACCAGGCCGAUGGACGUCUGGAGGUGGAGCUUUACCCCAGUGAGGUCGUGGAGAUCCAGAAACUGGUCCACUACGAGGUUGAGAUUUGGACAGGGGAUGUGGGAGGUGCAGGCACCACUUCCCGAGUCUACCUGCAGAUCUAUGGGGAGGAAGGCAAGACUGAAGUGCUUUUCCUCUCCAGCCGCUCCAAAGUUUUUGACCGGGCAUCCAAGGAUACAUUCCAGCUGGAGGCAGCGGACGUGGGUGAGAUCUACAAGAUCCGGCUGGGGCACACGGGCGAGGGCUUCGGGCCCAGCUGGUUCGUGGACACCGUGUGGCUGCGGCACCUGGUGGUGCGGGAGGAGGACCUCACACCCGAGCAGGAGGCCCGGAAGAAGAAGGAGAAGGACAAACUGCGCCAGCUGCUCAAGAAGGAGCGGUUGAAGGCUAAGCUGCAGAGGAAGAAGAAGAAGAAACGGAAGGGCAGUGAUGAGGAGGAGGAGGGCUCCGAGGAGGAGGAGGAGGAGUCCUCGUCGGAGGUGUCUUCCUCAGAAGAGGAGGAGGAGGAGACCGAGGAGGAAGAGGAAGAGGAGGAGUUUGGGCCGGGGAUGCAGGAGGUGAUUGAGCAGUACAAGUUCGAAGCCCACCGCUGGCUGGCCCGGGGAAAGGAGGACAAUGAACUUGUCGUGGAGCUGGUGCCAGCAGGCCGACAGGGUCCUGAGCCCAACACCUAUGAGGUCCAGGUGAUCACAGGAAAAGUGCCCAAGGCUGGCACUGAUGCCAAUGUCUUCCUGACCAUCUAUGGUGAGGAGUAUGGGGACACAGGCGAGCGGCCCCUGAAGAAGUCAGACAAGUCCAACAAGUUUGAGCAGGGUCAGACCGACACCUUCACCAUUUAUGCCAUUGACCUGGGGGCUUUGACCAAGAUUCGGAUUCGUCAUGACAACACAGGCAAUAGACCAGGCUGGUUCCUGGACAGAAUAGAUAUUACUGACAUGAACAAUGAGAUCACGUAUUACUUCCCGUGCCAACGCUGGCUGGCAGUGGAAGAAGAUGAUGGCCAGCUAUCCAGGGAGCUGUUGCCAGUGGAUGAGUCCUAUGUGCUGCCCAGUGAGGAUGAGGAGGGUGGAGGACAUGGUGACAAUAAUCCCCUGGACAGCCUGGCCCUGGAGCAGAAAGAUAAAUCGACCACCUUCUCAGUGACUGUAAAGACUGGGGACAAAAGGAAUGCAGGCACAGAUGCCAAUGUGUUCAUCACACUCUUUGGCACACAAGAUGACACCGGAAUGACCCUCCUGAAGUCUUCAAAGACCAACAGCAACAAGUUCGAGAGGGACAGCAUUGAAAUCUUCACAGUGGAGACGCUGGAUCUGGGAGACCUGUGGAAAGUCAGGAUCGGCCAUGACAACACAGGAAAGGCCCCAGGCUGGUUUGUAGACUGGGUAGAGGUGGAUGCCCCCUCUCUUGGGAAGUGCAUGACAUUUCCUUGUGGCCGCUGGCUGGCCAAGAAUGAAGAUGAUGGGACCAUCGUCAGGGACCUCUUCCAUGCGGAGCUUCAGACGAGGCUGUACACACCAUUCGUCCCUUAUGAGAUAACCCUCUACACCAGUGAUGUCUUUGCUGCUGGGACAGAUGCCAAUAUCUUCAUCGUCAUCUAUGGCUGUGAUGCUGUGUGCACCCGGCAGAAGUUCUUGUGCACCAACAAGAGGGAGCAGAAGCUGUUCUUCGAGAGGAAGUCUGCCUCCCGCUUCAUCGUGGAGUUAGAGGACGUGGGUGAGAUCAUUGAGAAGAUCCGGAUUGGCCAUGAUAAUACGGGCAUUAAUCCUGGGUGGCAUUGCUCCCACGUGGACAUUCGCAGGCUCCUCCCAGACAAAGACGGUACAGAGACCUUGACUUUCCCAUGCGAUCGAUGGCUUGCCACCUCUGAGGAUGACAAGAAGACCAUUCGAGAACUGGUCCCUUAUGAUAUCUUUACUGAGAAAUACAUGAAAGAUGGGUCCUUAAGGCAGGUCUACAAGGAAGUGGAGGAGCCUCUAGACAUCGUGCUAUACUCGGUACAGAUCUUCACAGGGAACAUUCCCGGGGCCGGGACGGAUGCAAAGGUCUACAUCACCAUCUAUGGAGACCUGGGGGACACCGGGGAGCGCUAUCUUGGCAAGUCGGAGAACCGCACCAACAAGUUCGAGAGAGGAACGGCCGACACUUUCAUCAUUGAGGCUGCUGAUUUGGGUGUCAUCUACAAAAUCAAGCUCCGCCAUGACAACACUAAGUGGUGUGCAGACUGGUAUGUGGAGAAGGUGGAGAUCUGGAAUGAUACCAAUGAGGAUGAGUUCCUGUUCCUGUGCGGGCGCUGGCUGUCCCUGAAGAAAGAGGAUGGGCGACUAGAGAGACUCUUUUAUGAGAAGGAGUACACUGGGGACCGAAGUAGCAACUGCAGCAGCCCCGCUGACUUCUGGGAGAUCGCCCUGAGCUCCAAGAUGGCCGAUGUGGAUAUUGCUACAGUGACAGGACCCAUGGCUGACUAUGUUCAGGAGGGCCCAGUUAUUCCCUACUAUGUGUCAGUCACCACCGGGAAGCACAAAGAUGCGGCCACUGACAGCCGAGCCUUCAUCUUACUCAUUGGAGAGGAUGAGGAGCGCAGCAACCGCAUCUGGCUAGACUACCCCCAAGGGAAGAAGGGCUUCACCUGUGGCUCUGUGGAAGAGUUCUUCGUUGGAGGCUUGGAUGUGGGCAUCAUCAAGAAAAUAGAGGUGCUUUAUGAAAUGACAGUGUGGACCGGUGAUGUGGUUGGAGGGGGCACCGACUCCAACAUCUUCAUGACUCUGUACGGCAUCAAUGGCAGCACAGAGGAGGUACAGCUGGACAAGAAAAAGGCCAGGUUUGAGCGGGAGCAGAACGACACCUUCAUCAUGGAGAUCCUGGACAUUGCUCCCUUCACCAAGAUGCGGAUCCGCAUUGACGGCCUGGGCAGCCGGCCCGAGUGGUUCCUGGAGAGGCUUCUCCUUCUCAUCGUCAAGAGUCUGAGCCUGCCAGCUGCAGCCCAGCUGGGGUCCUGUCCCUGGGUGCUCAAGUGCGCUGAGAGCAGCCACAAGGCUGGGAUGCUGAGACCCUAG